CGCAAACGCCAUCUACCCCAUCUUCCAACGCUACCUCCCCAUUUCUCUCCUCGCCUUCCUCCCCUCCCAGCGACUUCUGAAAGCCGAAUCCUUCUGCGCGUUCCUCUUUUGCUUUGUGAGUCCGUUCCGUUGGCCCUGUAUCGGCUCUCCUUCCCGUUCCCAUGGCUCACGUUCCGCAGCACACUGACAGCAGGGUCAAAAACAGUAACCACCAGCCGCCCUUCCCCCUCCCCCCCCAUCGUGUGCUGCUGUGUGUGCAGGCUGCUGAUGUGGAGGAUCCCAAGGUGUCGCUGGCUACCGAAAAGCCCAAGCGCACCGCCCUUAAGGUGCUGGCCAUCGUGGGCGGCAUCGUCCUGACCGCCGCCUGCCUCUUUGGCAUCAUGCUCGCAGCUGUACAAGGUGGGUAGAGCAGCAGCUGUCUGCUGGGUGAAGUCCUGCUGCAUCCUGUCUGCACUGUGUGUGUGCCAUCAGUGUCUAAGGAGAUCACGGUCUCUGAUGACGAGCAGCUGGUGAACAGCAAGGACAGCAUGCCCCUGAGGUUCAGCGAAGCGCUCGACAGUCUGCCCCUGGAGGGCCUCGCAUUCCUCCCGCUGAACGAGAUUCAGAAAAUGGAAUCCCUCCACAUCAACGUAUGUGACGAAGCCAAUAACAGAAUGGGGGGACCACACUCGCUGAAUGUUUCCCUGUGUGUGUUCGUGUCGCAUGGCAUGUGUGUGUAUGCUGCAGAUGCCAGAACAGGGCUCUGAGCGUGUGUACAACAUAGAGGGUGUGUUCCGCGACCUCACCACCAACACUACUGAGGUUCACCUCUCGCUCGGACACAAACUCCUCACAUCACCAGGUGGGCGCUGCAGCAUUGCCCAGGAGAGGGAGGAACACAAGCAAGGGACCAGCCAAACACGCGACACGCUCUGUUUGGUCGGUGCUGUGAUUGCUGGCCACUCAGGCAAGUUUUCCUUGGUCGAUGAGAAGGGUGCAUUCGUGUACAGCGGCGAGUACGACUUCGAGUACGUCAGCACUGAGGAGCUCGAGAAGCUCAUCAAGGAGGAGGCCGACACAGCCAACGACAAGGAGGGCAGCAGACGCCGCCUUGGUUUCGGCUUUAGCUUGGGAGGUUUCGGCCUCCGUCUCAGCAGGGGUGGGUAUGGAGGUUGGGGGAGAGGUUACUAUAGCGGCUACCGCUACCCCUCCUACUACGGCUGGGGUGGCUAUCGCGGUUACAGCUAUCGCCCCAGGUACUAUGGAGGGUACGGCCGCUGGGGCUGGUGGUGAGAUCACCCGCCCACCCACUCGAUGAUCGAGAUGGAGUGAGUGACGGGCGUUUCUUUGUCAAUCGCACAUGUGUACACGCGCACGAGGGAAUGAGCGAGAUGUACAGAGAGAGCGGGGGAAUUGCACGAUCGCAACGGAAGGGAUACAGUAGAUGUACUAAUGGACUGCCAGAGCAAGGCAGGCAGGCAGGUGGAUGGCAUGGAUGUGUGUGGGGCGGUUGGCGCACCCGUCGACCGACGGGUUUUGAUGCGCCAAAGGCAUCCCAAGUCCCUAUCGGUGUUGUAUGAUGUGAUUUUAGUGUUGUCUUCUACGUCCUCUGGCGUCCUCUUGGCAUACCUGUCUUUGUGGUGCUACCUGAUACGCCAAAUGCAAGCAUCUAUUUGCCCAUCUGACAGUCAGGUGUAUCGGAUGGAAUUUUGCAAGUGCCUUGCGUGUCUACGUAUACGGAGCGAGAAUAGAGCAGAGCAAAGCAAGAUCAGCGAACUGUGCACAUUGGUCUGCACAAGUGUCUUGGUGAUCGUGGCUGUUCUGCAGUGUCACUUUAUAGUAGAUUUUAGUUGAGGUUUGGAAUGGAUAGCUGCCGGAUGUAUACAUCGCAUGCUGGCGAUACAGAUAUCAAUCCUCUGCGCAACG